AUGGGUUAUCAAGCCUCUCUUCACGAAGGGUUGGAGCAUGCCUCUUCACAGGCUCAUGUACCAAUUCAGGAGGGAUUUACCAACGAGCAUCGAAACCUGUUUGACGAGUGGCUUAUGAGCAAUACUUUCAAGAGCGUUGUUAUUCGCGAACAAUACUUGAUGAGACUUCAUGUACUGCAUGCACUUGCCAAUGGCCACAACUCGCGACAGCUUUUGAAAGACGGCGUAUGUUCGCUGUCAUUUAUCCAGAAGACGCGUCAGAACUACUCUCUGAAUGAGCGUGGUGAGCUCUACUACCAUGCAAGAAAAGGAAAAGCGACACUUCUUGUAAUUCCUGAUGACGAAGUUUUUGAUGUCAUUGUUCGUGAACACAAUGCCAUUCACCAUCAAGGGACAAGUAAGACAUGGUAUGAAAUCUCCCGGAGAUAUCAUGGGAUCCCAAAGCGGGCAGUCGAUUGGGUGCUUCGUCAUUGUUUGCUAUGCCAUGAUCAUCGCCCGGGGCCUCGACCCGCACCAACGCAAAAAAUUUCAUCGCAUGAGGUAAUGGAACGUGUUCAGAUGGACCUUAUUGACAUGCGUAGAGAACCAGAUCGCAAGUAUCGCUGGAUUCUUCACAUAAAAGACCAUUACUCUCGUUUUUGCAUGCUGUACCCUUUGCGUCGUCGACGCGGAAAACAUGUGGUGCGCUGCUUUUUGCAGUGGAUUGCUACUAUGGGCCCACCCAUGAUAUUGCAAACUGACAAUGGCGUAGAAUUUGUAAAUGCCCUCAUCACUCAAGUGGCUGUGCAACAUCAAAUUCUUAUCAGACGUGGCCAGUCGGGUAGACCGCGCAGUCAAGGCCUCAUCGAGCGUGCCAAUGGUCACGUUCGGAAUCUAAUCGCCAAAUGGUGUAAUCGAUUUGGUGAAAAUCGGUGGUCUCGUUCAUUGCCAUCGAUUGCUCUGGCGUGUAAUACUUCAGUGCACUCCAGCACCCGAAGAACACCGUUCGAGAUGGUAUUUGGUCGUGCCCCAAGUUGGCAGCGACUUGCUCGAUUAGACCCACUCGAUCCAACUCUUACGAAUAUGGAGCUCGGAUUGGAAUAUGAACAACAACAAUCCCAAAGUUCGGUUGAUACCAACGGGCCACCAACUCCGAGUCCAGUCCGCUCAGUUGUGCCACCGAUGGCAUUAUCUCCUCCUAGUGAAACUCUCCCUUCUCCAUCUCCUCCUCCAUCUCCAUCGCCAUCACCGUCUUCAUCAUCAUCUCAAAGGAUAUCGUCCGAUGAUCCUUCCGCACUGGUGUCGCAAUCGCGGAAAACAACUUCUGUACCGAUUGUAAACCAAGAACCUAUUCCACGUGAGGUCUACUUCCGACGAGGUACACGAGUCAGUACACUGACAUCGCUAAUGUAA